GUUUCUGUUAACUUCGUCGACUUGGCAACCGAGAAUUAUGACAUUAAAUUAAUGAUGGUGACGAUUAUAAUGAUAAAAUUGAUUCCAGUUGUUAUUGGUGUUGUCUAUAGUAGUGCUAGUAGUAGUACAGUCACAUCGAAACAGUAAUAGGUUUUGUGCUCUUAAUAAUAAGCUAGUGGGAUGUAUGUUUGGCUUUGUUCAGAGUGUGGACACAAAUUGAGUGUAAGCCCCUCCCAAGAGGAGGACAGCGGAUGCCACCCUUUAUCCAUACACACGCUCACUCAUUGUAUGAUCCUCCUGUGUGAAAUGGAGCUGAAUUAGGGGCCCUUCACUUUAUGGCCAUUUACAGGCUGAAUGCGGUCACCAGCGGUUUGUUUUGCGUAUGAGCGUUCACGGCAGAAAUGAUGUGGAGAUACACGAACUUGUUCGUAUGCCUGCUGGUCCUGUGCAAGGAUGCGGCUUCACAGAGCAAGAUAUUUGGCGAGACAGAGCCUGUUCGUAUGGUAUCAGAGGGCUCCGACUGCCGCUGCAAGUGCAUCAUGCGACCUCUGAGCAGGGAUGCCUGCACACGGCUGCGGAGUGGCAGUGUUCGUGUGGAGGAUUUCUAUACCGUGGAAACAGUCAGCUCGGGAUCUGACUGCAAAUGUUCUUGCACCGCUCCGCCAUCCUCCCUCAACCCCUGCGAGAAUGAGUGGAAGAUGGAGAAGCUGAAGAAACAGGCUCCUGAGUUAUUAAAGCUCCAGUCUAUGGUGGAUCUACUCGAGGGAACACUUUACAGCAUGGAUCUGAUGAAAGUCCACUCAUACAUCAACAAAGUGGUGUCUCAGAUGAAUACCCUAGAAGAGACAAUCAAGACGAACCUAACACGAGAGAAUGAAUUUGUCCGUGACAGCAUGACCAGCCUUACCAACCAGUUUAAGAGAUAUGACAACUACUCCAACAUUAUGAUGAGCAUCAAGAAAGAGAUCUCCAGUCUCAGUCUGCAGCUGCUUCAGAAAGACUCUUCUGAGACCAAGCACAAUAACGAUGAGACCAAGCCCAAGAGCGUCAUAAAGCCACCCAACAAAAAGCCUCCAUCAUCCAAGCCCCCUCCCAAACCCAAAGAAAAAGUAAUCAAGCCCAAAAAGGAGGUUACUAAACCUGUGAAACCGCUGAAGCCCGAUCCUACAGCCAAAACCAAGGUGGUUGGCCUCCAGCCAGGUGUGGUCAGAGGCAUUACCUACUACAAGGCUGCCAAAAGUGACGAGGAUGAGGUCAGAGGAGACAAUCCAGCCAAAACAUACACUCGCCAUCAUAUUACCGAAACCCAGUCUGAGGACGGUGGAGCUGAAAUGGUACUUGAAACCAUGGAUUCUACAAUUGCAGAUACUACCACACCUACCGUAUUUGCUAGUGGUAUCACGACAACCACCACCAAGACUGCUUUCAUCCCACCAACCACUACCAUUGCACCAACCACGACGAUCGUCACCAGCCAAAGCACAGUAGCCGCCGAGAGACCAGCCCCCACUAUUGUACUACUGCUGGACAACAGCAACAACAACAGUCGACCCUCUCUCCACAGAGCAGGGAAACUCCUUCACUGCGAAGGGACUCUUGCAUCAAUCGAGCAGCCAGAGAAGCAACACAGUUAUGGUCGUAAUGAAGGAGCCUGGAUGAAGGAUCCACUGGCCAAAGACUCGAAGAUCUACGUUACCAACUAUUACUAUGGCAACAAUUUGGUGGAGUUUCGUAACUUGGAGAACUUCAAACAAGGUCGCUGGAGCAACCUUUUCAAACUUCCUUACAAUUGGAUUGGCACGGGUCACGUGGUUUAUAAUGGAGCCUUCUACUACAAUAGAGCCUUCACCAAGAACAUCAUCAAGUAUGACCUGAAAAUGCGAUAUGUGGCUGCCUGGACACUGUUGCAUGAUGUGGUUUACGAGGACACCACCCCAUGGAAAUGGAGAGGUCACUCUGAUAUUGACUUUGCAGUGGAUGAAAGUGGACUGUGGGUGAUCUAUCCCUCAAUAGACUAUGACUACAACCAACAGGAAGUGAUUGUCAUUAGUAAACUUGAUCCUGGAGACCUGUCCUUAAAAAAGGAAACCACCUGGAGGACAGGUCUCAAGCGGAACUCUUAUGGCAACUGUUUCAUCAUCUGUGGUGUCUUGUAUGCUGUCAAUGUGUACAACCAGAAGGAAGGAGAAGUGCGCUAUGCUUACGACACCCACACCAACACAGAGGCCAUUCCACGUCUGGCUUUUACCAAUGAGUAUUUAUUCACCACACAAAUCGAUUAUAAUCCCAAAGAGAGGGUUUUGUAUGCCUGGGACAAUGGCCAUCAGGUUACUUAUCGGGUCAACUUUGUCGACCAGUGAGAACAGCCAUAAAUACAGUCAGCUCACAACAUGCCUGCUGUUAUGGACAAGAAGUGCUCCGUAUUUUAUAGCUUCUUUGUCCUAAGAAGACCCAGGACGUACCAUAACCUCUAGUAUCAAUGCAUGUUAUUCAAAGAGCCAAUCUCACUGUUGACUGGGUGGAGACGAUGGACAUAAUCUUACAGGCUGACUUGAAGGUCAACAGGCAGAGCUCAUGUAAAUAUAUUGUAUUAAGUUCUUUCAUGAAAUGUCAGCAGGCUGGCUUACUAUUUGAGUAGUGAAAAAUCAAACAGACCGUUUUGCAAAAAUAAAAAUAAAAAAAUUGAAAAUCUGAACCAUUCAGUGAUAGAAAUAAAAGCCAACAAUGGCCACUGACAACACUUGAAAUUGACAAAUGUAAUGUCGAUAAAACAUUGACUUUACAGUUUUGAUUCAUUGUACGCUGCAGAUAUGGGUCACCCUGUGUCAGAUGCUGCAGAUUCCUGUUUCACAAAAGGUGAAAACGAAAAAUGAAAGAUUAUGUGACUUGCCAAAAAAGCUCCAGUUGUGUUUCAUCUUUCCAAAGGACUCUCUCCUAAAAACUUUGUGGCUUGACCACACACAGUUUGGCAAGUUUAAUUAGUCCUCAGUUUCAGAUUAAUUCAGUGAAAAUUGAAAGUUUUUCUUUCUUUAUCAGAACGGUACCAACAAGUACCAACAGAACCUGUGACAUGAGCCACUUAAAGGGAAUUCCAGGCUUGCAUUUUAUAGCAUAAAUGCAUUUUUCAUAGUUUCGACUGCCUUAUAACCUCAACAGAAAAGUGAGAAGCCAAGAAGCAGGAUGAAUUGCAACUCAGAUGAUUAAGUAAAAGCCUUAAUUAACAGCUUUAGCGCAACAAAAACACUGUUCUGUAUAUAUUUACAGGACGCUUUGCAUGCAUUAAAUGGGGGGGGGGGGGUUAAAACACGAUUGCUAAACAAAGCCUCACAGCUGACUUCAGGCAAAAGGCAAACUUCACUCUGGACUAAUCACCAAUCAGUCAUAGGGCACAUAUAGGGACAGACAACCAUUCACGCUUAGAUUCACACCAUCACUGAGUGGGAACUGAGCCCACAGUGCCUGCACCAAUCUCAGACGGCUGUAUCGCUACACCAUCAGUGACCACCAAGCCAAAAUAAUUUGAAUAUACCGUAUUUUCUGCACUAUAAGGCACUUUCAGUUUAUAAGGCACACCUUCACUGAAUGGCCUAUUUUGACAGUAUUUUCAUGUAUAGGGCGCACUGUAAAGUGCUUAGAAUAGAAGCUUCAAUAUUGACUGAGGUUGCGCUAUGCAUCCACUAGAUGGAGCUGCGCUAAAGUGAAUACAACACAGUACAAUACAGCUUUAUUUAUAUAGAGCCUUCGAAAGUGCUGCAGCUUUAGUAAAGCUAUGAGACCUGGUCACAAACAUAGACAUGAAACAUAUAAAUGCAAAUAGCAUUACAAAACAACAAAUAAAAGACAAAAGUUAUGAAUACAACUCAUUCAACAAAAAGGCACACAAACCUUGUGGGCUUACAUCCACAAGGGGAUAAAAUCCUUAGAAGUCUUUCUUGUCUCCUUCUUCCUUCGUUUAGUCAGUAGUUAACUAUGCUUUUGGGAUUAUCUUCAUUUCAUAAUGGCUGCACAGAGCUCACAAAGUAGUUGCCUGUUUUUGUGUGUGUUGGCGAAUGCGCAUGUCAAUUAGUGUCGGGCAGAACCCUUUUCGGUUACCAGGGGUUCCUGCUAAUAAUCGCCACUAGAUGGCAUAGGAACAGGGAAACAACUCAAUGUACAACAUAAAGAGACUGUGUAACACCAUAGAUUAAGCGGAUCAGAUUGCAGUCGGCUUUUGGGGAAAUUGAAUGCUUCUAGGUGCACCUUACAGUGUGGAAAAUACGAUAAUUGUAUAAUGCAAGUCUAAGUAUAUGUUUUUACAAAAAUGAUAGCAUGACGUCAUGAUAAUUUUGGUGAAAACAUUCACGAAGACCUGAGAAAGCAGCUGAAACAUCUGCAAUAUUUAUGCCAGAAGUUGAAACUGUCAUUAGUUACAGAAACCGUAUUCGCAUGAUGAGUGGUUCCAGGUCGUACUCCUAGUCAGGGUUUAAAAUUUGGCAUAUCUCAGUAAUUCUCACUCGCUUGUGCUGGGUAAGAAGCUUAAGCAGAAAAACUGCAACUUCACUGCAAUCAACCGUUCUCGAACACAUGUGUGUCAUUAUACAGAAAACAGAAAAUAUAUGGCGUUCAAUGGACCACUUUUAGAACUUUGAAAAAUUGUAUUAUUCAAACGUGAAAGCUAACACUUGGAUGAGCCCAAUGCUGUGCAGUCUAUUCAGGUCAAUUUAGGGAUGAGAUGAAUCUAUUUCGAGGAAUUCAAAUUCUGUCUGCUGUUUGUCUGGCCAACAAGCCCCUCGAGUAGCAAUGUUGUGACAUGACAGCUGCAUUUCUAAUCUUCCUUUCAAUGGACUGCCAACAUUUCAAGCUGUUUGUUUCUGUCCCUGGCCAUAUAACUCAACCAAUAAGAUUAUAUCUGCUUUCAGAUUCAUUCUACAGCAGAGAAAUGUUUGCCCAACUUGACAAGUGACUUUUGUCUUUAAGUCGAGCCGAUCCCCAAGCACAUUGUUCAUAACUCUGUUGCAUUUAUUACAAUUCCGCCCGACAAGGCUUUCUAUCUUUUAACAUUAGAUGUGCUCUUAGGCAUGUGUCAUAUUAACAUAAACAAAAUUGAGACAAUGUAGACAAGUUUCUAAAAGUAAGAAUUUGUUAUUGUGUUUUUGUUUUGUUUUGUUUUUCGUACCUGAAUUCAUACGAUUACUAUUACUAUGAACUUGUUUUCUCAUUUCCAUGAAACACUCGGUACAGAAGUUUUACAGCUUUGGUGAUAGCAUUCUAUCAUUGCAUCGUACAGACUCAAGUUGACUGUCUUGGUAAACAUUAAAUGCCGUCAACCAGGAAUGUUUAGCUUUUGGCAUUGUAACGCACCAAAUCGGCCUGAAGUGACCAGUGUGCAGGACGGACAGUAGUAAUUUCUAACAGCAUACUUGGUGCCCCUCUCCACAUGACCUGCAGGAUCAGGAAAAAAAAAUAAGCUUUCUGAGUUUUUCACUGUCCCUUUUUGUCUUCAUCUGCUGUAUGGAUUUACAUAAUAAUUGAACAUCGAGCAUCUUAUACUUUGUCCAAUUCCAUUUCAGCUGUUGCUUCUUCAGAGUUCAAAUUACAUUUAAAUGAAAUAUAAAUGACUGGAUGACGGGUUGUAUCUAUCAAACACAUCAUAUUCGACAAGGACGUGUCUUGAACUCCACACAUUGGACCUUUAAAGGCUAUCGGGCUCAUUCUAACAGCAUUGUAUGGUGUUCUUUUGGUCAUAUUUCAUCAGCAACUACAGUAACAGGUUCACUCAUAACUAAUUGCAAGACAAUUUUGCAAGGUAAUGUCUUUAUAAAUAUAUAUGUCAUGAACCUGUUCUAUGAAUAAAAAUUCUGUGACCAAAAAAA